AUGGUAUCGCCCACGGGAGCUGCCUUGAUAGCUCGGGCUCUGCAUGAACUAGGUGUUAAGGUCAUAUUUGGACUUGUUGGAAUCCCAGUGGUUCAAAUUGCAGAAGAGGCAAUUGCUCUGGGUAUUAGGUUCAUUGCCUUUCGAAACGAGCAAUCUGCUUCCUACGCUGCUACAGCAUAUGGCUACUUGACGGGCAGACCGGGCGUUUGCCUAGUAGUUGGAGGUCCAGGAGUUCUCCAUGCUAUGGCUGGAAUUGGCAAUUCGUCUGCAAAUGCCUUUCCUUUACUGCUAUUAGCUGGCUCCAGCGAGACACAUUUGGUUACUAAGGGGGCUUUCCAGGAGAUGGAUGCUAUUUCACUUCUUACUCCCCAUACGAAGAUUGCAGUUCGGUCAAGUCUCGAUUCGAUACCCCAGAGUCUGACGAAUGCCUACAAAACGUCAUUCUAUGGGAGAUCAGGCCCCAGUUUCGUUGAUCUACCCGCAGAUUUCAUCCAAGGAGAGGGGGAGGAGAUAGCGACACGCAUUGUGCCAGCACCUCCAAGAGCUGCCUCAGAUCCAGAGAAAAUCCAGAGCAUUGUACAAAUUCUCAAGUCCGCUAGAGCGCCUCUUGUGAUUGUUGGAAAGGGGGCUGCAUAUUCGCAAGCAGAAGCUGCGAUUCGGAAGUUGAUUGACCAGAGCAAGAUCCCCUUUUUACCUACACCUAUGGGAAAAGGUGUCCUUCCCGAUUCUCAUCCAUCAAAUACCGCUACCGCGAGAUCUGCUGCUCUGAAGGGUGCAGAUGUCGUCUUGAUCCUAGGAGCAAGAUUGAACUGGAUUCUACACUUUGGAGAAGAUCCAAAAUGGAACCCUGAUGUGAAGAUCAUCCAGGUCGAUAUCUCAGCAGAAGAAUUGGGUAAGAAUAAUGGUGAUCCAGCAUUGGGCGUCAUUGGAGAUGUCAAAGCCGUGACUACUCAACUCACCGAAGCUCUUGGGAAUUGGGAAUACAAUAUAUCUUCAGAGUAUGUAAAGUCACUGGAGGCUAGUGCUGCCAAAAACGAGGCCAAAGCAGAAAAGGCUGCGAAAGUGGACAAGAGUCCCAUGACCUACGCAAGGACUUUCAAUGUGAUCAAGGAAACGCUCGAUACGUUAUCACAGCCAGGAGAUGGUGGUGUUGUCUAUGUAUCUGAGGGAGCAAAUACCAUGGAUAUUUCCAGGAGCGCAUUCCCGGUUGAGCACCCACGGCUACGUCUCGAUGCAGGCACACAUGCAACUAUGGGCGUUGGUCUUGGGUACGCAAUUGCAGCUCACUGUGCCUACAAUUUCCCUUCCCCGGAAGCUACAUCCGGACCGAAAACAUGUCACAAGAAAGUCGUUUGCCUUGAAGGUGACUCGGCGUUUGGUUUCUCUUUGGCUGAGGUUGAAACGAUGGCAAGAUACCGGAUGGAUAUUUUGAUUUUCGUCAUCAAUAAUGGAGGGGUAUACCACGGGGACAGUGACGAUUCGGAUGCAUGGUUACAGUUACAGAAUAAUACGAUCGAGGGGAAGUCUCAGGGUGGGCUUCGAAGUUCCAGCUUAGGUUGGGAAGUUAGAUAUGAGAAAGUUGCAGAGAUGUGCGGCGGGGAAGGAUACCUAGUCCGCACACCAGAAGAGCUUGCAAGAGCUACAGAAGAGGGGUUCAAAGCAUCUGUUCCAGUAGUAGUAAACGUGAUUAUCGAAGCAGGACAAGCGCAGAAACUGGAAUUUGCUUGGCAGAGUAAUUCAAAAAAGACAAAGAAGAAAGAGUCCAGGUUGUAA